AUGCUUAGAGUUGCCUGCGAGGGAACCCCCUUUGAGGUCGGCUACCAGCAUGGCCGUGCUGCCAAAGAUGUCAUUGCCAACACUCUCGAGUUCUCGCUCGGCCUCAUCCGUGGACGCACAAAGAAGCAGGAAGAGGAAUUGCAGAGAGUAGCCACUAAUCUGGCACAGGUCAUCGAGCAAAGAUGGCCGAAGUACUUUGAAGAAAUACGCGGUAUUGCACAGGGUGCUGGAAGAGAGGUUUUAGAGAUCAUUAUAUUGAAUAUCCGCACUGAGCUUGCAUAUGGCCUUGUACACCUAGACGGAUGCACCAGUGCCUUCUGUAAAACAUCUGAAGGCUCUGCGCUGCAGGGCCAGAAUUGGGAUUUCUUCAGCGCAUCUAAGAACAAUCUUAUCCAGCUUACUAUCAGACAACCAGAUCUUCCUGUCAUAAAAAUGGUCACAGAAGCAGGCAUAAUCGGGAAAGUUGGCUUUAACAGUGCUGGUGUUGCUGUCAAUUACAACGCACUUCAUGUCCCAGGCCUACGUCCAACAGGGCUACCAUCACAUCUUGCUCUACGCAUGGCGUUGGAAAGCUCAUCUCCCACCGAAGCGUACGACAGGAUUAUUUCCCAAGGUGGGAUGGCUACUGGCGCCUAUAUCAUGGUCGGAAACGCAGAUGAAGCCUUUGGAAUUGAGUACUCGCAUGCAGAUAUAGCUCAACAAGUACCCGAUGCUCAUGGUAGGCUUGUUCAUACCAAUCAUUGCCUUCUUUCCCACGACAACAACGCACUGGAGGUAAACCCAUUACCGGACUCAUUUACUCGAUACGAGAGGAUGAUGCAGCUUAUGAGCCAGAAAGAAAGCCUAUCUAAAGAACAAUUCUCUCGUCUUUGGGAAGAUGAGGACAACUAUCCCGUUGGUAUUUGCCGCGGGUAUCUGGAGGGGAAGAGCCGGGGAGAGACUCUUUUCAACAUAGUUUAUGACCAUUCCUGCAGGGAGGCAACGGUGCGGGUUGGCCGACCGACCGAGCCUAAAGAAACAUUCGUCCUUCGGUUUGAAAGAGAUGAAAUGACCACUAAGCCCUAG